AUGGACUUGGAGAACUCGAAGUCCACGUACCUUGAGAACGAUGGUCCGCGCCUCUAUGAUAGAAAUAUGCCCAUCUACAGCAGAGCUGGUGGGUCAACCUUGAAGUCUUUGCCAUCAGAUAACCAGAGACCAUCUACGUUUGCAAGCCCUCAACUUCCACCUCUCAGCGUAGGACUUUGA